GACGAGGAACAAGGGCUUCUAGUAGCCGGAGACGCCCGUGUCCCUGCCUCAUUGCAAAUUUUGCUCGUCCGCUGUUGUCCGAGUCUCCGGUGUUGUAUCAUUUGGCAGCGGUUUAUCGAGGGCUGAUGAAGGCUGUGGCGGUCCUGGGAGCGCUGCUGGCCGUGGCGUGUCAGGUCAGCAGCGGUAGUCAGGUAACGCAGAGCGAUCUGAACCCAGCUGCGCUGUACCCAUGGAGACACAGGAGUGCAGGUCCACAGGUCAGGGUCAAGAGAGACUGGAUCAUUCCACCAAUCAGAGUCUCGGAAAACAGCAAGCAGGUCCCUGAAGAUCUGGUCCAGAUCAAAUCGGACAAGAUUUUCACCGGGGAGGUGAUAUACAUGCUGGAGGGACCCGGGGUUGACCAGGACCCCAAAGGCCUCUUUGAAAUUGAUGAAAAAACAGGAUGGAUCAAAAGCAAAAUGCCACUAGACAGGGAAAAACAUAAGAGUUUUAAGCUUAAAGCUUUUGCACUUUCCCCAAGUGGAGAGAGACUAGAAAGUCCCACCACCAUUGAAAUCUACGUUUUAGAUCAGAACGACCACAGGCCUGAAUUUACCCAGAAAGAGUUUGUUGGCACUAUCCCGGAAUUCUCUGUUCCAGGAACUUCAGUGAUGCAGGUUACAGCCAUAGAUUCUGAUGAUCCAAUGACAGAAAACGCGGCUCUGAGCUACUCCAUCACUGGACAAGAGAGUAUCCCUCCUCACGGCAUCAACAAGACCAUGUUUGGCAUUAACAACAAAACUGGAGUCAUCUACACUCGAGAUGUGGGACUAGACAGAGAUGUGGUGCAGUCCUUCAGGCUGACUCUGCAGGUGGCUGACAUGUCUGGAAUGGGCCUAACCUCCUCCGGCCGUGCCAUCAUUCACAUCUCUGACAUUAACAACCACGCUCCGAAAUUCCAUCCUACAGUGUACAAUAUGUAUGCAAUGGAGAACAAGUACAUUACGGAGUUGGGAAGGGUCAAUGCGACAGAUAAGGACCAGAAAGGUGGAGAUAACUGGAAGAUUAAGUAUACCAUUGUGAAUCCUUCAGGGCACUUUGCCAUCCGCACAGACCCAGUUUCAAACCAAGGCAUCCUUUCUGUGGUUAAGCCAUUAGACUAUGAAUCCCAGGCAGAGUAUCAGCUGUUUGUCAAAGCAGAGAAUGAAGUCAGGCUUAAAGCCCCAUACGAACAAAUACACAGUGCUACAGUCACCAUCAGAGUGAUGAAUGAGAACGAGGCCCCAAUCUUCUAUAAAAACCCCAUUAAAGUGACUGUUGCAGAGUCCGUUGUUCCUGGUACUGUCCUGGUCUCAGAUAUUGCUCAUGAUCCAGAUAAUGCAAAGCUAAGGUUUGAAAUCAUUCAUGACCCUGAGAGUUGGCUUGCCAUUAACCACGCAACAGGACAAAUCACAGCCAGGAGAUCCUUUAACAUCCGGUCUCCCCACGUCAGAAACAACAUUUACUCUGCUACUGUAAAAGUCAUAGAUCAGGAUGCUGAUGGCAUCUCUACGACAGCUACACUGGAGGUCAGUCUCUGGGAGACCAAUGAUUACCCACCAGUGCUCAUACCCUUGAGUGGGACGGUGUGCAGCGAUCGGGACAGAGAUAAAUUGGGCCUUCUGCUUAGUGCUGUGGAUGAAGAUAUGUCCCCUCAAGCUGACCCCUUCACUUUUUACAUUGCCGAUCAAAAUGUGGCUGCCAACUGGACAAUUAUAUCUCUUAACGAAACCCAUGCGGUUCUCCAACCACUGAUCGACAUCGAAAAAGGGGAAUUCUCUAUUCCUGUGAUCGUAUCAGAUUCUGGCUCCCCUUCCCUUUCCUCGAAUGCCGUGGUCAACGUGACUGUGUGUCCCUGUGACAGUUUCGGCGACUGCAGGAUCUACACCGCAGCCAUCUUUGGAACCAAAAUGGGAAUAAGCGUCAUCGCCCUCAUGAUUAUUAUGGGAUGCAUCACUCUUAUGUUAUUUCUGAUUGCUCUUGCUGUGGCGGUGAAGGGCUGCACAAGGCAGAACAGAAAAGGAGGAGGUCUGCUGGUCGGAGCGUCUGAUGAUGACAUCCGAGACAAUGUCUUUCACUAUGACGAGCAAGGAGGAGGAGAAGAGGACGAAGAUGCAUUUAAUAUUGACUUUCUGAGGAACCCAAGUGAUAUGGUCCCUGCCCCAGCCUCAUUUUUCCCACAAGACUGCAGCCUGCCCAGGGGAAAACAACCUUUAAGGAAAGAUGCACCCCAUAACCUACCUUCUCCUAGAUAUCCACGCAAACCCCCUGGUGACCCGACUGAUAUAGAAGACUUCAUCAAUGUUGGCCUGGACGCGGCUGACAAUGAUCCGAACGUCCCACCAUAUGAUACAGCUCUGAUCUAUGACUACGAGGGCGAUGGGUCGGUGGCAGGCAGCCUUAGCUCUAUCGCUUCUGUGGGCUCAGACGGUGACCAGGACUAUGACUACCUCAAUGACUGGGGACCACGGUUUAAAAAACUGGCUAACAUGUACGACCCACGUUAGGCCCCAGACCGAUGUUCGGAUACCCUCGUACACGCACAUUCUUCAAAACCCCAUGCAAAUCAAAUGUUCCAUUUUCAAUAUGAGAGAGUGCACAUGAUGUAUGAAUGGUUUGCAUUAUUGAUACCGUAGAUAACUGGAGGUCUCUACCUAUUCCCCGGUGAUCAGUGUAAAGGUCACGAGUGUCAAAAAAAGAGACUGCCCACCCUGUCUUUUUCCUUUCCUUCAUGGAUCAGUGAACUAUUUCAACAUGCUGAUGUGACAGGUGCUUACUGUGGGCCAGUGUGCCAAUGGCACCAAUUGGAGGGAGGAACCGUGUGUUAGUGCAUACCGAUUAGAUAUGGUGCAAAAAGAGAUGCCUUGUUCAUAAAUCACGCGUCAUGUUCUAGGGAGACUAUUUUAGCUGAUGACCAACACAGAGGUUUGCUGAGCACGUGGGGUACACGGGAAGAACAAUUUAAAAAGAAAGAAAUUGAUAUUCAUAAUUUGUCUAUUUACUUAUAACCAUCAUUCUAAACCCAUAUGGCUUUCUUUUAUUCUAUCGAAAAAGAAGGAUCAUUUAUAGGGAUGCACCGAAAUUUCGGCCGCUGAAAAUUAUCGGCUAAAAAUGGCAUUUCUGUUUUACGGCUGAAAUAUGUUAUAUAGCCUAAUAUUAUAUAUAGCCCGCCCGCCCUUGUUACUGCACGGUUUGACGCUGCGUUUAAUGAAGGUGCUUCUUCUCAUAUAGUAGCCCACCGUUCAUGUUCUCUCAAAUAACAAGGCUCAAAAAGCACUCAAAUAAUUUUUACGUAUACUUCCUGUUUGCAAUAGCGCUACUGUGCUGUAACACGCUAUCUUCUUGUGACACAGUGCUCUGCUCACGUCCUCUGAGAAUAAUAGCUUUGUACAUUAUACAUUAACAAUUAAAAGAAAAAAAAGUUAUAUUUGAUACUGUUGCAUGGAAAUAAAUAAAAAUGAUGUAUUGCUAUUUAAUAUUAGGGUAACACUUCACAAUAAGGUUCUGAAGUUUCAGUUAACAUUGAGCAAUAGUUUAUUCAUUCAUUUAUAAAUCAGUCUUAGUUCAUGUUAACUGGAGUAGCUGAUUCAUGUGAACUCAUGAACCCCAUUGUAAAGCGUAACCAUUAUUAAUAUAAAUCCUGCCCAGCUGUUUUUACUUUCAGCAAAAGUGUGGUCAUUUUAUAGUCUUGCGUUUCGUUUAUAUAAUUAAAAUUGUGUUUAAUUAAAAAAAGUAUUUUAUUUAAAAGCCUAAAUAUUCAUAAAAUAAUAAAUCAUCUCUACAAAACAUUUUUGGUUUCAGUUUUCGGCCAAUUACAUCAAGAAUUUUCCGCCAGAAUUAGCAUUUUGGUGCAUCCCUAAUAUUUUAUAUGUUGGUAACCUUCAGAGCUGCUCUUUUUUUCUAUUACAAUAAAUGAAAAGUUUAUAUAUAUAAUAGUACCACUAAAGUGAAAGCACCAAUGAGACAUUUUCAAUGUUAUGAUUUGAAUGCUGGUGUACGGUAGUCAGUGGAUAUAAAGAGAAAGUGGGGAAAAAAAACAACAACUUAUUUGUUACUAAAUGGUAUGUAAAUAUCCCUCAUGAAAAUAGCAGCUCCAAAAUGACAUAUUCUUGUUUAUUUCAAUGGAAGAAAGUUGUAUUUCUUUAAAAAAAUGCAUUAACUGUUCAAUAUCUAUUUUUAUUGAUCGAUAAAAUGAUUUUUUUUUUAACUUGAGGUUUUUGGAGCAGUUCUUCUUAUUCUUUUUAUACAUGAUUAGUAUCUUGCGUAAUAUUUGAGCUUGUAAUACUAGUUUUGCUUGCCUGCAGUUAAACAAACGCAUUUAAUAUUAAGGAAUAAUUCAAAUUUUCAUAUGCAGCAUAUUAAUAGUUUGCCAAAUAAAAGAUGCUUUAAAUGUAUAUAUUUUAGCUUUCCGCUCAAAAACAAGUUUUUCCUUAUCACAUAAAGCCUAUUGUAAUAAUUUUGGUAGUUUCGGUGUUUCUCGAUUUUGUU